GACAGACUGAGUAACACAACCUCAGGUCUUAUGGUUUUUAUAUUUUAAAUUUAUUCAAUUUGGUUUGUUAAAUACAUGCUAUACUAUUCUGUUGAAUCCUUGCGUUUGCACAGUUAUUCAUGUUAAAUAGUCAUGUAAUAGUGUGAUUUAUGGUUUAAGAUGAGGGCUAUUUUUUGGUGUCAUGCAGUAACAGUAUAGCUCUUCAACAAGCUAACUGGGCCUCUCUGCACCCUAGUCAAGAGUCAUCUACCUGAAAUUGGAACUGUAGACAAAUUCUGAUUUCAUAUUUCCUUAGCGGUCACCAAUUCACCUCCCAUGCAAAUAGGGUGUAAGGGAUUCUGUGUCAAAGUUGGAAUUGAGUGAGUGGGCUUCAUUUAUUUAAACGUAUAAGCUUUCCAUUGAAUUGUCUAAGAACGACUAGACCUUGUUACACAUUUUGAGUCUGACCGAGAGGGGCUUACAUGGCUGCUUCUAAAGUCAUCAGGGAGGUGGGGUAUAUUCAAAUGCAUAUGAUCAAAAGGUCCCUGUAGUUAAAAUGAUCAAAAGACUACAUACAGUGAAUAAAUCCAAGAUGGGUAAGACAAAGGGUGGCCAAACAAAGGGAAGGAAAUCAAGAAGUGUGAGAAGAUCAAAGGGAAGGAAAUCAAGAAGAUCACAGGUCAGGAAAUCAAGAAGUGUGAGAAGAUCAAAGAUGUGAGAAGACAAAAGUGAAAGAGAAUGGAUGGAAAUGGAACGGAGUUAGGCCAUUUAAUGAAUUGCUAUUACAAAGCAAACUAAGUAAAACAUAAACUAAGUGAAUGAUGGUGACUUUAAAAGGAGUGGAUCACACAGCUGUGGUUGGAUCAGACGAGGAGCCUCCAACACAGGAGGACACGGUUGGUGAGCAGCUUCACAAGACACCAGAGAGAAGACUAACCGAUGUCCUUCUAGAUAUCAGUGUGGAGGACCUCUCAAAAGAAAUGGAGCCGUAUGAGUAUCACUGUUACCCUGGUAUGGAAGAAGCUGUCCGUGGUUGGGCCAGAGUUGCUCCACUGGGCUGCAUACUUUGGACUGAGAAGAAAUAUAAGAAACCAAAGCAUAAGGAGGCCGACAACCCGACCCCCUUGUCGGUUGACCCAACACUCCUUAUUGCAGACAGCUCAGCCGGCAUUGCAGAGCAGCGCUGCGAGUCGCAUGCAGGCACUAACAACAACUUUAAUAAAUCCAUGGCAAUAAACCAGGAGGUGGGAUCUUGGAGUGACACUGCUGCAGCGGCUCUGCAGAUAGAUAACUCAGAAUGGCCCGUCUUCAAUGUCAUGCAGAAAACCAUACCACUCCAAGAAGCGAUCGAGGAGGAAGGGACACUCAGAGCGACUUCUUUGCAGCAUCACCAUAGGUCCUCAAAAUACACAAAGUCAGAGAACAGGCCCAUCAAGUCUCAGAAACAAAGCCACAAGCCCAAUGGCACCGUGGUUCCCAUAAAAAACUUCACAUUUUUACCACCAAUCAAGUCAUCACACUUGAAUCCCAAGGUUGGCAGCCAGCUCUGCAGUGGCAAGAAGGCUUCAGAGGGAGAAACCCUAGAGGAAAACUGUGUCAUGUUUGACAAGAAGAGUGAGGCCAGAGGAACAAGAGUCGACCCUGUUGCAAGUGCAGAGCUUCCCCAUUACCCCACAGCCCUGAACUCCAAACAGCGGACAUGUCAGCAUAACCCCCACUUGUUCUCUGCUGUAAGCGUUUCUAUCUCCAAAAGGUAUCGGGUGCCCAGGUCAUCCAAACCAGAUACAGCGCACAACAGGAGCUACUCAAUGGGAAGGAGCCUCACGCAGACCCAUUAUGCCAGCACUGCAGCAGAUGCCCAAGCCCUUUUGCACCACAGCUGUCUGUUUUCUUAAGGAACAAGGCUGUGUGUACUGCCACGCUGUAUGAGGCCUGUGAAAUAUAACUGGAAACGUCUGGAGACUAUUCAAGUGUACCACAACUUUCAAAUCUCAGGUUCAACAGGUUAAAGUCUAAUUAUCAUGCAUGUCUCAGCCUUAAGGCAUCAUAGUGUUUCCAUCAAAAUAGUCAGUUGGAAGAACAAAUUCAACGUAAGGGACAUGUUCCUGAAAGUCAUAGCAGAGAUAAUUCAUUUGGUGUUAGUGUUCAGAGCAUAUACUCACCAUAACAACAGUCAAGUGAAAGGAACAUUGAAACAUUUAGCUCAGCACUCAGGCUUUAAUUUUGUUCUGACCCGUUCCCACAAGUGCUUCUUCAACUGUUCUGGUUGCCUAGAAACAGUGCAACGUACAUCUUAAGAAUCCCUCCUUGCACAAUCUGCUUUUUAAACUCCACCUUCAGUAUUGCAUUGAAGCCUUUAUCUAUACAUCGUAUAGUGUGUGGCCAAAAUUCUGCAUCUGCUCAGUAUAUCUUCAGUUUCAUAUCAGACAUGAUUCCUGGUGGUUGUGGAUGUAAUCUGGGUUAUGUACUGUACAUGAGUUAUUAGUGCAGGGAUCCUUUAAUUAUUGUGUCAUGUUGGUCUCCAAAAACCAGCAAUUUACUGCAACAUUUUGGAAAUUUGGACAAGCGUGUUACUUUGCGUAAUUAUUCUACUACCUCUUUUGUGUUCAGCUGCUCUGUAAAAUGAAAACAAACCUAGUGGGAUUAUUCUCUAAUCAAAAAAAUCUGCAGUGUUAAUUUAAUUAAACCAAACCUUUGUCUCAGAUGAAAGUAAACGUAACGCGGUUACUUAGAAGUAAUUGUAAAGAGUUCAUCCAUCUGGAACAAGCUACACAUGUAACUACAUCACAGUGAAAAGAUGAAAUGCAUGAUAUGAUCAUGUUUUACAUUGUUCAAUAAUGAAGAAGUGAAUAAUAAAGAGAAAGGGUUCACAAACCCACAUUUUCUUUAAGCUCUCAGUAUGUGAGUUUCACAAUCAAGAAUAAAUACAUUUGCUUAAACUCCAAAAACUU